UCUGCAACUUUAUUCACACAGCUUUGCUUCCCUUACACCGAUACCGUUCCUCAAGUUCAUUGCUUUUCACUGAUGAGGGGCAUUCUAGCGUUUACUAGUUUGUUUCUCCAUUUUCCUCAUGAUUGAUAUUUGAGUUGUUGACAGUUUUCCGGUAUUACAGGCAAUGCUGCAUUUAUGAAGAGAGGUUCUUGGGCAUGAGAUGAAGAGUUUCUCUAAGGCAAAGCCCAGGAGUGGAACUUCAGGAAUUGCUGGGUCACCAGGCAUUUGCAACUUCAAUUUCCUAGAUACCCCAAAUUGCUCUCCCCAUGGCUGCACAAAUUUACAUUUUCAUCAACAGUAGGUGAGCAUCCCAACUGAUUCUUCCCACCUUGGUACUGCCAGAAUCAAAGUGCCAACCCGCUGAGUGGGAAACAGCCCCCCCUUGUGGAUUUCAUUUGCAUUUCCCCAUCACUAAUACACCGGAGCACCUUUUCCUUCGUUUUUUUGGCCACUUCAGUUCUCUUCUGUAAGUUCCCCAUUCAUAGCCUUUGCUCCUUUCCUUUUCUUUAUGAAUAUGUAGGAAUUCUUUAUAUAUUCUAAAUACUCACACUUUGUUGGUCAUAUGCUUGUGGACACCUGCUCCUGGUCGGUAGCUUUUGGUUUCAUCUUCUUAUGGUGUCUUUUAACACAGAUUUUUAAUUUUAAUGACUUUAAAUCUUCACAAGAAACCUGUACGGUUUAUCCUGAGGUUAUAAAAACAUUCAUUAUUUUCUUCUAAAAUGUUUAAAGUGUGCUUUUCAAAUUAGUUUGUAUGCACCUGGAAUGAUUUUUAUGUACCAGGUGAGGUAGAAAUCCAAUUUCAUUUUUCCCCAGAGAGAGAAUCCACUGCCCCAGCACCAUUUAUUAGUCCAUUAUUUCUCCAAAGAUUUUUUAAAGAGACGAAAAAAACAAUAGUUGUUUUGAAAAAAAUAAAUCUAUCUAAACAAAAUAUUAGCAACAGAAACCAACAGUGUGUUGAUAGCAACAAUUACAACAUUAUGACAAGUCGUGUUUACCCCAAGAAUUCAAGGAACCUUCGAAAUCACUAGAAACUAUGGAUGUAACUGAGCUGUUAAACGGAGUAAAGUACAAGCCCAUCCGAUCGUCUCAGUAAACGCAGAAAAGCAUGCAAUUAGCAACUGCUAACAUUUUACUUAUUGUAUUUUUCCUUAAGAAUGCACGGGGUCUCUACAGAUUUUUAAACGUUCAGAGCAGCAAACAUCAGACAAAAACCAAGCUCGAGCAACAGCGAUACUGCAGCAUCCAUCCUGGGGCAUGUCCUGUCAGUCUCCGCUCAGAUGACUUCCUAAGGUCACUCUCAGGUCUAUUUCCAUGACCAUAAACAGCAUCUUUGGCAAGUCUGGUUCCGGUUUGGCCCUUAUCCAACUCCUGUUCCACGAGAAGCCCUGAGAAAUAAAAGAUUAAUCCAGCCAAGUGGACCCUACGGUUUCUCACCUCCGAACGCGCCCCGACUAUAGGCGGGGCGAGCCUCUCACGCAAUGGAUCCCCUGGCAGCAAGCCGAGACGGGUUAUCUUCUCGGCAUUCCAAGUCACUAGCUCGGCCAAGUCGGACAGAUGCGAGCGCUCCAGAGACUGGUAGGUCUGCCUUUCGGUCUCUCCCAAUUCUGCCCCACCUCCGGGGAAUGGGUGGGGACACCUUGACUGAAGGAGGGUGGGGAUGUCCGUGCAGAAUCUGAGGGCUACGCCUUCAACCAGUGCCCAGGGACAGGAGCUUCCCAGGGACUGGGCCGCCCGGGCCCCGGUGGCGGCAGGGGCGCCAGAUGGAGGAAAGGGGAGGCCGGGCAGAGGGGCCAGAAAGGGCGACGGCGGCGGUCGGAGCGGGAGACAGGCAGGAACCCGCAGAUUCACUCCGGAGGCGGCAGCGAGGGAGGGGACGGGGGGCGCAGGGCCGGAACUUCCGGGGAGUCUGGAACAAGGUGAUGAGACCCGCCGGCUGGGACCUGCAGAUGCGGAGGCAGGGCGUGGGCCGGGGUGACCUCGGCCCAAGCUCCCUUCUGGUCUGCAGAGAUGGGGUCCAGGCUCGGCGGAGUAAGGAGUAAGCGGCUUUUCGGCCACAGAACUGCAGAAAGGGAGGGAUGGACGAUGAACAGCAGCUGUUCUUACGGCCUCGGACUCAGGCGACCCGCUCACGGCCCCGACACCUCUUAACGCCCCCUGCGCCUGCGCCUGCGCCUCGGCCGCCCUCCGCGUGGGAGUCUCGCCGCUCCGUGCGCCACUGCGCCUGCGUCUCGGCUGUGUGUUCUGCGCAAGCCGUCAGCUCAUCGACUUCCCUCAACACCUACUGCGCUUGCGCAUGCGCUUCUGCCUCAACCUGAGUUUGCGCCCCUCUAACGUUCUCUGCGCAUGCGUUUCUCCCUCUCGGCUCAUUUGCUUCUGGCGAAUGUCCUAGUGAAAUGAGUGCACCACCCUCCCCCCAGCGCGCAUGUGCCGGCACCUGCCCGGCGAUGGUGGCCGCGGUUCCCCUGGGGCAGGGCAGAAGCUCACAGGCCGCACUUCUCCCGAAUACCGGAGAAAUGUGUACGUGGUCGAUGCCCUCCUGCGAUCUGGAAAGGUCUGAAGUCCAAAACCUGCCCGGCCUAGGCGUUUCAGAUAAGGGAUUGAGGACCAGCGUGAACUGCACGGGCGCGGCCACUCUGGAAGGCUUCACGACGGCGUCAAAUGUACAGAAACCCCUCGUGCUUGUUUGUGGAGUUUGGUGCUGGGCUCAGACGAGCAUGCGUAGAUUCAGGGCAAGGUCCUGCUCCUGACCAUCUGUGCGGCUGGCAUUGGUGGGACUUUUCAGUUUGGCUACAACCUCUCCAUCAUCAAUGCCCCAACCUUGCACAUUCAGGACUUCACUAAUGAGACGUGGUGGGCCCGGACUGGCCGGCCGCUGCCCGACCACCUGGUUCUGCUUGUGUGGUCCCUCAUGGUGUCCCUGUACCCCCUGGGGGGCCUCUUUGGAGCGCUGCUUGCAGGGCCCCUGGCCAUCAAGCUGGGAAGGAAGAAGUCCCUGCUGGUGAAUAACGUCUUUGUGGUGGCCGCGGCGAUCCUGUUUGGCUUCAGCCGCAGAGCAGGCUCCUUCGAGAUGAUCAUGCUGGGACGGCUGCUCGUAGGAGUCAGUGCAGGUGUGAGCAUGAACGUCCAGCCCAUGUACCUAGGGGAGAGCGCCCCCAAGGAGCUCCGGGGAGCCGUGGCCAUGACCUCAGCCAUCUUCGCCGCCCUGGGGGUCGUGAUGGGCCAGGUGGUCGGACUCAGGGAGCUCCUGGGCGGCCCGCAGGCCUGGCCCCUGCUGCUGGCCAGCUGCCUGGUGCCUGGGCUGCUCCAGCUGGCCUCCUUGCCCCUGCUUCCCGAGAGCCCGCGCUACCUCCUCAUUGACUGUGGAGACACCGAGGCCUGCCUGGCAGCGCUGCAGCGACUGCGGGGCCCCGCGGACGUGGCGGGCGAGCUGGCGGAGCUGGAGCAGGAGCGCGCCGCCUGCCGGGACAGGCGCGCGCGGCGCCCGUGGGAGCUGUUCCGGGAGCGCGCCCUGCGGAGGCAGGUGGCGAGCCUGGUGGUGCUGGGCAGCGCCAUGGAGCUCUGCGGGAACGACACGGUGAGGCCCGACCCCCGCCCCGGGGGGGGCCCGGGCGGUGGGAGGGAGCCCGCGCCCCAGCCGCCCUCGGCCCGCCCUUUGCAGGUGUACGCCUACGCCUCCGGCGUGUUCCGGGAGGCGGGGAUCCCCGAGGAGAAGGUCCAGUACGCCAUCAUCGGGACCGGGAGCUGCGAGCUGCUCACCGCCUUUGUCAGCUGUGUGGUCAUUGAGAGGCUGGGCCGGCGUGUGCUGCUGAUGGGGGGGUACUGCCUGAUGACCUGCUGGGGGAGCGUGUUCACAGUGGCCCUGUACCUGCAGAGCUCCAUCCCCUGGAUGCCCUACCUGGCCAUGUCCUGCAUCUUUGCCUUCAUCCUCAGCUUUGGCAUCGGCCCAGCCGGAGUAACAGGGAUCCUGGCCACGGAGCUGUUUGACCAGACGGCCCGGCCUGCUGCCUACAUGGUCUCCGGGGCGCUCAUGUGGACCAUGCUCUUCCUGGUGGGGCUGGGGUUCCCCUUCAUCAUGGAGGGCUUGUCCCACUUCAUCUAUGUGCCUUUCCUCGGUGUGUGUGUCUGUGGGGCCAUCUACACUGGCUUCUUCCUCCCUGAGACCAAAGGCAAGACCUUCCUGGAGAUCUCCGAGGAAUUACACCGACUCAACUUCCCCAGGAAGAGCCCAGGCCCCACGUGGAGGGACCCGGAGGUCAUCCUGUCCACAGAGCUGUAGUCUACGGAUGUGGCUGGGGCCCAGAUCCACCUGCUUCUCUUCCCUUUGCUCCUCUCGAGGGUCUGGCCCUCUCCAGUCACAGCUCCUGCAUUCGUGUGUUUAACGGGUGCUUAUUGAGCACCCGUAUGCAGGCAUGGUGCCAGGUGCUUAGCAGUCAGCAUUGAGCCAGAGAGAUGGGAUCCAGGACAUCUUGGUGCGCCCCAUCUAGAGGCUGUUAACCCGGAGAAAACCAAUAAGAACGGAACUACGAAUCUGGGAAUCCAGUGGAAGGAAAAGCCAGGUGAUGAAGGACGUGCAUAGGAGGGGGGUCUGACCUAGUGGGAGAGGGAGAUGGUCAGAAAAAUGUUCUCCAAGGAACCGAUUUUUAAAAAUCAACAUUAUUGAGGUAUAAUUUGACAUACAAUAAAAUGCCUUAAUAGUAAGGAUACAAGUGAUGAGUUUUGACAGAUGUGGAUACCCAUGAGACCACCACCACAGUCCAGGCAGAGCUUUCACAUCACCCCAAAAGCUCCCUCCUGCCCUUUUGCAAUCAAUAACCCACCCCACCCCCAGCCCCAAGCAACCACUGACCUGCUGUCUGUCAGUGUGUGUCCGAUGGGCCUUUUGGGGACUGUGAUAUGACUCCUUACUGAAUGUUUGCAUUAGUGUCUGGCUCUGCUCCAGAUGAGUAUUUUGAGAUUCCUGCACGUCGCCGCGUGUAUCAGCACGUAUUCCCUUGUGUUGUUGAGUCGCAUUCCACUGUGUGGAUAGGCCAUCAUUUGUUCCUCCAUUUCCCUGUUGGUGGACGUUUGAGCUGUUUCUAAUUCUUGGCCAUCAUGAAUAAAACUGCUGUGAACAUUCCUGCACAA